AUGACGGUACAUAAAUCCCAAGGCACUACUUUAAAACGAGCGGUAGUUGAUCUACGAGGUUGUAGUCAGAAACUCGCAUAUACCGCAAUUUCACGUGUCAGUACACAUAAUUCAUUAGGAGUAUUAAAUUUAACACGAACUGUCUAUGAUCGCUUAACGAGAACAACAAAAGAAGAUCAG